AUGAACCUUGACCUCUUGGCAGCUAUUAGCAAAUAUCCAGACUUGGACACACGGAACUGGUAUGGCGGGAAACUUGCACAUUACAUCAACGGCCUCGUGGCCACGUGCCAGGACCCAAGCGACUUCUACGGCCAUGACCUUCUCACCAUGCUUCAAGGCCACAUGGACGGGUUCCCCAAGCACUACUUCAAUCACAACUUCGCGUACAGCUGGGCUGUGCUGGCACUGUGUAAUGCAGGCUUGACCGUACAGGAGAAGUACAUACAACAGUUGACCAAAUCACCCGGGAACUACACGUUUGGCAUUGAUGAGGCGGCUAUGACGGUGAUAGCCUUAUCUUGUGUGAGGAACCAAACCGACGUGAAGUCCGCCAUUUCUGCUGGAGUACAGUUUAUACUUGAUAACAAGAAACCAGAUGGUUCUUUUGGAAAUGAAUACAGCACUGGGUUGGCUGUGCAGGCUCUCUAUGCCGACGACAAAGAGAGCAGAUUGGACAUCAAGAAAGAUGCUCUCCUCUACCUGGUAUCAUUGCAAGGUGAGGACGGCUCCUAUGACUCAGUAGCAGCAGCCAAUCAAGUGUUUCCGGCGUUGAACCAGAAAUCAUAUGCUGACAUAGGCGACAUUACUUCCUGCCAAGUAGUGACUACAACUCCCGCCCCCACCACACCGCCAACGUCAUUUUUCACGUUCACAAUCAUCGUGAUAGCGACGUUGGAGCCACACAACGUCAGUGACACCUUUAACGUGACGGUACCAGAUGGCUCCUCCCUGUUGGACGCCAUGGUCAUCCUCCGGAAUACGGAUCCAAAUUUUACGUACGUUCAAGAUGUGCACACGUUCACGUCUGGUUGUAUUGACUCUUAA